AUGCAUCAUUUGUUCUCACUACCAGCUUCUCAGCAGGAGUCUGCAAUUACAUUAAAAACCCUAAUUGAUUGCACUAACAAACAUGUGAGGGCAUUACAAGCGAGGGCAUUACAAGCAUUAGGACGUCCUGCCAAGUAUUGGGAUGACAUACUCGUUCAUCUGGUGUCUACAAAGCUGCCACCUGAGAUGAGGAAGACUUGGGAAAUUGAGUCGACCAGCUAUGUUAACUUUCCCACAUGGCACAAUUUGGGUGAGUUCAUAGAGAAUCGAGUUAAUGCUUAA